GUGGAAAUCGGAACAAUGGGAGAAAUUCAGAUUCCAAGCCAAGGAGGGCCUACUUCUGGAGGACUAAAAUGGGAGUGGUCCAUGGUUCUGUGCCUGAGGAAUGAUGCCUUCUUACGCCAGGUUCGGUCCCUGGAUAGGUUCAGACAGGCCGCAGACGAUCCUGCCUGUCGUGCAGGCGGCGUCCUGCUGAACAGCCUCCGACACCACCGCACGCGACCCACCCACGGCAUCAGCCGGUACGAGCACCUGCUCCUCCCUGAAGAGCCGGCGAAGAAGAAGAAGCCGGGGCAGGUGGAGGUGCAGCCCACGGACUCCGAGUACGGGGUUCUGAACGUCCACCUGACGGCCUACGACAUGACCCUGGUGGAGAGUUACUCCAAGUAUGUGCACAAUCUCUGCAACCACCUGUCCAUCAAGGUGGAGGAAAGUUACGCGAUGCCCACAAAGACCACCGAGGUGAUGCUCCUGCAGGACCAAGGCAGUAAGCUGUAUCUGGACUCGGUGCUGACCACCCACGAGCGGGUGGUGCAGAUCAGUGGUUUGAGCACCACAUUUGCACCUAUCUUCUUGGAGAUUCUGCAAGCCAAUCAGCCCGAAGGCGUGGACCUGUCCGUCAGAGAGCACUCGGAAGAAGACACCAAGGGGCGGUUCAAGUCACGGCCAGAACUGGAAGAGCUCCUGGCCAAACUGAACUAGUGGGGUGACGGCGGGGGUCCGCGCAGGAUGCCGGACUGGUCCGGACUGUGGGGAGAUCUAUCCCUCCGGUGCCCGUUGGUGGGCACGGCCGACCUUCGCCUAUCUGUCCUGCAGGCCUGUAUGCGUUUCCCUGAAAUAUAACUCUAGGCCAGCU